CUGGGAGGGGCUGGCGUGUGUUUAUUUGGGUAUAUACAAUGAGUCACGGAUUAAAAUUGCUUUUACCAGAUAGAUACCUAGGUGUUCCACAGCAUUAUUGAACAAAAUGUCGUCAUUUCCCCAUUACUUCAGAAGACCUCCUUAAUUACUUAUAUUAAUUGUAGAAUAUAUUUAUGCAUACCAGGCUCUACCUCUGGGCUUUCUAUUCCGUUCCAGAGACCCAGUACCAGAAUAUUUAAAUCACUGUGGCAUUGAAUACAUUUUAAUAUCUGAUAGGGCCAGUUUCCGCGCAUUGCACUUUUUUCCCCCCCUUUCAGGAACAUGUUCAGGCCCGCGGCAGGGGGCGGGGUGGCGCCUCCUCCUAGGCUCUGGUUCCAGCCCAGCCUCACGCACGCAGAGAUGGAAAUCCCAAAGCUGCUCCCGGCUCGCGGGACACUACAGGGCGGCGCCGGCGGUAUCCCCGCGGGUGGCGGCCGGGUCCACCGAGGCCCUGACCCGCCGGCUGGCCAGGUCCCCACGCGCCGCCUCCUGCUGCUCCGGGGCCCCCAAGAUGGCGGGCCCGGGCGGCGGCGCGAGGAGGCCCGCAGGGCUUCACCGAGCCCUGGCCCAAGCCUGUUCGCGCCGAGGCCCCAUCAACCUAGCGGCGGCGGCGACGACUUCUUCCUGGUGCUGCUUGACCCGGUGGGUGGCGACGUGGAGACCGCGGGCUCCGGUCAGGCCGCAGGGCCUGUGUUGAGGGAGGAGGCCAAGGCGGGCCCGGGGCUCCAGGGGGACGAGAGCGGCGCGAACCCCGCGGGCUGCUCUGCGCAGGGCCCCCGCUGCCUGUCCGCGGUUCCCACUCCGGCCCCGAUCUCUGCCCCAAGCCCCGCCGCGGCCUUCGCGGGCACAGUCACUAUCCACAACCAGGACCUGCUGUUGCGCUUUGAGAACGCCGUCCUCACCCUGGCCACGCCCCCACCACACGCCUGGGAGCCAGGGGCCGCUCCUGCCCAGCAGCCCAGGUGUCUGAUCGCCCCCCAAGCUGGGUUCCCGCAAGCCGCGCACCCGGGUGACUGCCCAGAGCUGCGGUCCGACCUCCUGCUAGCCGAGCCCGCAGAACCCGCGCCUGCUCCGGCGCCCCAGGAGGAGGCGGAGGGCCUGGCCGCCGCCCUGGGCCCCCGCGGACUGCUGGGCUCUGGUCCAGGCGUGGUGCUGUACCUGUGCCCCGAGGCGCUGUGCGGGCAAACCUUCGCCAAGAAGCACCAGCUGAAGAUGCACCUGCUGACGCACAGCAGCAGCCAGGGCCAGAGGCCCUUCAAAUGCCCCCUGGGUGGCUGCGGCUGGACCUUCACCACCUCUUACAAGCUCAAGAGGCACCUGCAGUCGCACGAUAAACUGCGGCCCUUCGGCUGCCCUGCGGAGGGCUGUGGCAAGAGCUUCACCACCGUGUACAACCUCAAGGCGCACAUGAAGGGCCAUGAGCAGGAGAACUCGUUCAAAUGUGAGGUGUGCGAGGAGAGCUUCCCCACGCAGGCCAAACUCGGCGCCCACCAGCGCAGCCACUUCGAACCCGAGAGGCCUUACCAGUGCGCGUUUUCUGGCUGCAAGAAGACAUUUAUCACAGUGAGUGCUCUGUUUUCCCAUAACCGCGCCCAUUUCAGGGAACAGGAACUGUUUUCCUGCUCUUUCCCUGGCUGCAGCAAGCAAUAUGACAAGGCUUGUAGGCUGAAAAUUCACCUGCGGAGUCACACCGGCGAGAGACCUUUCCUUUGUGACUUUGAUGGCUGUGGCUGGAACUUCACCAGCAUGUCCAAACUCUUAAGGCACAAAAGGAAGCACGACGAUGACCGGAGGUUCAUGUGCCCUGUGGAAGGCUGUGGGAAAUCUUUCACGAGGGCGGAACAUCUGAAAGGCCACAGCAUUACCCACCUGGGCACAAAGCCUUUCGUGUGUCCUGUGGAAGGCUGCUGUGCCAGGUUCUCUGCUCGCAGUAGCCUCUACAUUCACUCCAAGAAACACCUGCAGGAUGUGGACACUUGGAAAAGCCGUUGCCCGAUCUCCUCUUGUAAUAAACUCUUCACAUCCAAGCACAGCAUGAAGACGCACAUGGUUAAAAGGCAUAAGGUGGGCCAGGAUCUCUUAGCUCAGCUAGAAGCAGCAAAUUCUCUUACACCCAGCAGUGAACUUACCAGCCAGAGACAGAAUGAUCUCAGUGAUGCAGAGAUAGUGUCUCUCUUCUCUGAUGUACCUGACAGUACUUCUGCUGCAUUGCUGGACACAGCAUUGGUGAACUCUGGAAUCUUGACUAUUGAUGUGGCUUCUGUGAGCUCGACUCUGGCAGGGCACCUCCCUGCUAAUAAUAAUAAUUCCGUAGGGCAGGCUGUGGACCCUCCGUCCUUGAUGGCCACCAGCGACCCUCCUCAAAGUCUGGAUACCUCUCUCUUUUUUGGAACGGCGGCCACUGGUUUUCAGCAGAGCUCCUUAAAUAUGGAUGAGGUCUCAAGUGUAAGUGUGGGGCCAUUGGGAUCUCUGGACUCUUUGGCCAUGAAAAACUCCAGUCCAGAGCCUCAGGCUUUGACACCCAGCAGUAAGCUAACAGUGGACACAGAUACUCUGACUCCUUCGAGCACCCUUUGUGAAAACAGUGUCUCAGAACUACUGACACCAGCCAAAGCGGAGUGGAGCGUACAUCCUAACUCUGACUUCUUUGGACAGGAGGGAGAAACCCAGUUUGGAUUCCCCAAUGCAGCAGGAAACCAUGGUUCUCAGAAAGAAAGAAAUCUUAUCACUGUGACUGGCAGCUCAUUUUUGGCUCAUGAGUGAAAGGAGAUGAGUCUCAGAUGAGACUUUGGACUUGGACCUGGAACAUUUAAGUUAAUGCUAGAAUGAGCUAAGACUUUGGGGAACUAUUUGGAAGGCAUGAUUGUAUUUUUCAAUGGGAGAGAAACAUGAUAUUUGAGGGGCCAGGGGCAGAGUAAUAUAGUUGGAUAUUUGUUCUUACCCAAAUCUCGUGUUGAAAUGUUAUCCCCAAUGUUGGACGUGGGGUUUGGUGGGAGGUGAUUGGAUUACGGGAGCAGAUCCCUUAUGAAUGUCUUAGUUCUUAUAAUAGUGAGUGAGUUAUCAUCAGAAAUGUUAUUUAACAGUGUAACACCUCCCCCCAUCUUGCUACUGCUUUUGCCAUGUGAUGUGCCCUAUCCUGCUUCACCUUUUGCCAUGAGUAAAAACUCCCUGAGGCCUCUUAAGAAGCUGAGCAGAUACCAGUCCAUGCUUUCUGUACAGCCUGCAGAACUGUAAGCCAAUUAAACUUCUUUUCUUUAUAAAUUA